CCGGCUUAUUGAGGAGAGAGACCGAGCCGAGGACAGACGCUGCUGCCGCCUCCGCUGUGCCUCAGACCCGCUGGACUGGGCCGGGAUGGUCCCCUGCGGACAGCAGUGAAAGGAGACACUGUCCUCUCCGUCUGUCCACCGGGACACCGAGGCGAGUGUCUUCGUUCGGCGGAGACAUCUGUCCCUCAUCCGCAGCAUGGAGCAGCCGGAGCGGGAGCACCGGUCCGAGGAGGACACGGAGUUCGAGGACGAGGAGGUGGACCCCAGAAUCCAGGGCGAGCUGGAGAAACUCAACCAGUCCACUGACGACAUCAACAGAUGCGAGACGGAGCUGGAGGACUCGAGGCAGAAGUUCCGCUCGGUUCUGGUGGAGGCCACGGUGAAGCUGGAUGAACUGGUGAAGAAGAUUGGCAAGGCCGUGGAGGAGUCCAAGCCUUACUGGGAGGCGCGCCGCUUGGCCAGACAGGCGCAGCUGGAAGCCCAGAAGACCACGCAGGACUUCCAGAGGGCCACCGAGGUUCUGCGGGCGGCGAAGGAGACCAUCUCCCUGGCCGAGCAGAGGCUCCUGGAGGAGGACAACCGGCAGUUUGAUUCCGCCUGGCAGGAGAUGCUGAACCACGCCACCCAGCGGGUGAUGGAGGCGGAGCUUACUAAGACGAGGAGCGAGCAGCUGCACAAGGAGACGGCGGAAAAAUACACGUCUGCGAUCGGUCGCAUGAAGCAGCUGGAGAAGAAACUGAAACGCACCAUCAACAAGUCCAAGCCCUACUUUGAGAUGAAGGCCAAGUACUAUCUGCAGCUGGAGAACCUGAAGAAGAACGUGGACGAGCGUCAGGCCAAGCUGUCUCAGGCCAAAGGCGAGUACAAGGCGGCCCUCAGGAACCUGGAGAAGAUCUCUGAUGAGAUCCACGAGCGGAGGCGGAGCUGCGCCAUGGGCCCGCGGGGCCGAGGCGUGGGCGCCGAGGGCGACAGCGUGUCGGGGGAGGACAUCUCCAGCUUCAAGAUGGAGUCUGAUGGAAUCUCCAUGGCGUCGGUGUGUUUCGAUGAUGACCCGUGCGGGGGGGGCGGCGGCAGCGUCAUGUCUGAAGAAGACUCGGAGACACAGUCCACCUACAGCCUGGGUUCGACUCCCAGCAGCCCGCAGGAUCUGAUGGCGCCCUGCCCCUUCGCCAGCUCCUCCUCUUCCUCCUGCACCUCCUCCUCUUCCUCCGACUCCCCAUCACCGACGCCCUCCUCCUCGUCCUCCUCCCCUGCUCCUCCCUCCAGGCCCAGCAGUCUGGAUCUUCCCAGCACCGUGUCGUUGUCGGACUUCAGCCUCAUCUCUCCGGUGCUCGGGCCGCGGAGCGAGUGCAGCGGGGCGUCGUCGCCCGAGUGCGACUCGGAGAGAGGAGACCGUGCAGAAGGUGCCGAGAGGGAACUGGACAACGCUCCCGUCACAAACAACAGCAGCAGCAGCAGUUCGAUUCCGGCCACCAGGAAACUCUUCAGCCUGGAAUCACGCUUCAGCUUCCUGAACCUGCGCCGCCCCCGCCCCCCCGACAGCACCACGAAAACAGACGGCUGUUCCCAGAAGGCCGAGCGGUCUGGGUUCACGGUCAAAUGACUCUGAGAGAGAACUCGACAGCCUAGACUGAUUCAGACCCAACGAUGAACAAACUCCUGUGUGUUGGGAUUGUGUUGGCGAUGGACUAGAGAUUAUUGUUUGUGUUAUUUUGUCACGUAGCAGCUGAAGACCUGAGGAUCAGGGUUUGGUGUUGGAUGGCUGUUCCUCCACAGAGGAGACGUUCUGCUUGGUUCUGCAGAACGUGGAGAUGUUCAAUAAACAAGUUGGACUGUUCAUCCUCGUGUGAUCUGUCGUAUCGUCCUGAAGUUUGUGUGAAUUGUUCAAAUGUGGAAGCUGCUCAGCUGCAGAUCAGAGUAUAAAUACACAUGAAUCUGAAUGGGAUUAGGAAACUUUUACUUCAAGUCGCUCGACUCAGCACAGACGAGCAGUAAAUACACAACAUGAGAUCUGAUCUGAGUCAAAGAAAUUCUGUGAACACACAACUUUUAUUAACAGAUAAUUAAUCACAGCAACACCAUCUGUGAUAUAAGGUGUUAAAAUUGGUUGAAUUGAAUUCAUAUUUAAUCUAAUGCUCUGUUUCUAAAUGCUGAAUAGUGGGACUUCAAAGUAAAAGUGUUACCUGUUGUGACUCAGCUGAAAACAUGUGCUGCUUCCGCUCGGCUUCAAAGCGACGUCAUGUGACUUCUGUGUCUCUUACAAAAGAAAAGUUGAAUUCAUAAUAAAUAAAACAGCAUCUUAUUUAAACCAGUAACCUCUGGAGCUCGGCUGCAGCAGCGUCUUUGAGUCUUUGGCUGAAGUUUGCUCGUGUGCGUUGUUGACGUGUUGCUGUGUAACUUCUGAAAGACGACAUGUAACAUUUCUUCUUUUUACGAAUGAAAAGUUAAAUUAAUAAAAAAUAAAACACU